CCUAGUCAGUAUCCUGCCGGAGCUCCGAGUGCCGAGAAAGGGGCGCAGUCCCGUUUUCCUUUCACUUCUUGCGAGUGUUAAAUAGUGCGCUUCUAGUUUAGACGCUUCGCUAACGGAACCGUAACUUUUACGUUGCCGCCGCUUUAUGACACACGCCGCCCAAGCAUGCGUAGAUCAUCAGUGGCCCGCCUGCAGUCGCAAACCUCAGAGCCGCAGAUCGUAAUCGAAGAUCAGGAAAAUGAAGAAGAGGCCCAGAAAACCAGCAGCUCCCAGCACAGUUCCGAGGAUGGAUCGCCCACCAUGAACCCCUACCUGCUCUCCCCAUAUGCGCGCGACAUUAGAAAGCACUCCCUUCCAACUCCCCAAUGUAGCGGAAUAACCGCGAGCCAAAUCCGAAGACUUUCUGAUCGGGGGGACGCCUCCCCAGGCCCCCGGCAAGCCGAGUUCCUGGCAACGCUGUCGCAGGCUCCUCAAGUAUCUCCUGGAGGGCGGCGACAUUCAGUGGUCACCAUCUCCAAAGUUCCCCCUGCAUUUUUCGGAGGUGGAAGAAAUCGCCGAGAAUCGGUAGCCGCUUUCCCCACAAGUUUUCCGCCCCGGAUCUUACCGAAUCGUAGGGAAUCCAUUGCAUGCCCCCCAUCGACUGAGUCGCGUGGCAGCGUCCAUAAUCUACAGCUGGAUAUAAUGGACGACAUUGUACAGGCGAGGAAAGUACGAAUGAAAGUGUGGAACACGAGCAGCGAAAAACUGUGCGAAGUCCAGCCAUUGGACGAGGCGUCUGGCAGUGCGCAACGAUAUACAAAUUCCGGACGAAGAUUUUCGGAUUUCAUUGGAACCACGCUUCCUCCUAUUCCAAGCUCGACUAAGCGCAGAGCUUCAGAACUGCCGCCCCUACCAAGCGCAAGUAAGAUUAAGUCCGGCAUUGUUUGCACUAAUACUGAUCUGAUAUCUAUUUUGUCUUCUCUUUCCACGUCCGCUAUGGAAAUCAAUCAGUGGGAGAGGGAAGUGCAGAGCCCGACUCUUCCAACGCAACUGAGGACAGCUAGAACAAAGGGCAAACGCCCCCAGCUGAAAAGCUGCAGAUCCAAUAGCUUUGAUGUAUCAGUGCUGCAGAAGUUGGAGAAUUCAUUGCCGAUUAGAAAACUGGACACCGGCACCAAGCCUCAACCACAAACCCCUUCAAAUUGGUUCGCCAAUAGACACCAACCCAGAACCGGGCGCUUAAACGAGAAGACGUUGCUCUUGGAGAACCUGAGCAAGAAGGUUGUGCGGAAGGAACCAGCCAAAGUCCUCUGGGACGAAAGAAGCGGCUCCUUAGUGGACGCACAGGCUCUAGGCACUGCCAUAGAAGGAUUCCUCAAGAAAUCCUCUCCAGAUUCUCCAGGCCCCAAAGAAGCCCCUUCGCCUAUUAAGGGCAGCAAAUUAACUGAGCGCGUGAUGGGGGCUGCUAAUAGAGUGCUGAGCGUCGCUAAUAGAGCGAAUUGGUUCUCCAAGGGCGAAGACGACUCAGAUCAGUGCGAUUCGUCCAUUUGCGCCACCCUCAAGGAUCUUUUCGUUAAGUAACUGGAAGUUUUACGUUUUGCUAACAACACGAUGCGGAUGACGACUUGGAAAAGGAACGACUUAAGGCCGAGCGCUCGUGUGAGUUGGAAAUUUGUGAAAUGGGACCGUUAGAUUGAUUUCCUCAGAAGUUUGCAUGUAUUAGAAAGAGAGGCAAGGACCUCCUUGUCGAUUUUCAUCUCUUUCUAAUAUGCACACUUGCAGAUUUUCCUUGUCGCGCUCAUGCAGGUUUUAAUAAAGUUCCUUAAAUGCUGAUUUUACUUAGAAUGGGCAGACAGUCCAGAUUUUCGUGGCGUUAAAUAUCUGACUCAGUCGAAGGCCUUAAUAAACUCAGAGAACUCAGAACAGAGAAAAAACUGUCCUGGGCCAACUUUUCGGCUUUAUUUUAGCAAUCAUCAGCCCUCUGGAAGUGAACAGUGUCUAGAUGGUGGUUUGUACCCAGAAACAAAUUAAGAUUCAAUUUGACAGGCGAUAUUCUGGCGAUAGCCUAUUUCUUCUAGCGUCCUGAUGAUGGCUAAAUUAUAGUCGAAAUAUUGGCGAAACCUUAUACACACAAAUUAUUUUUUUUCUAAAAGUUCAGGUAAAAUUGGACUUUUCCUGUAACUGACUAUCGAAGUUGUGUUGAUCCAACAACAUCAUCUGCGAAAUCAACUAGUUUGGAAGGGUUUUUGCAUUCAAUCCACUACCCAAGACUUGACACAACAAACGUUAAUUCCGCUUUGUCUUGUAGCUAUUUCCACUUCAAUUAUGUCUUUUUCCAUAGCAUUUCAUGUUAUUUUUUAAUCUUAAUUUAUAUUCUCCUGGCUUUCAGUUUUACAACCAACACUUCUUCACCGCGAAAGCUCAUACAUUUAAAAAAAAUUAAAAUAAAUAGCUGUAUGAAAGUGCCAUUGAGUAAAUCUGGAUUAUCUCGCACCAUUCCUCACUGAAGCUCACCAUUGCCCCAAAUACUAACGGAAACCAAAGCAAAUGUUGAAAUACGUAAUUUACUAGAAACUAGGACAACUUUCUGGUUUCGGCACUGAAAUCCAGCUUAUCCUAAUCCAGGUUUUAUCCAAGACUGUGAAAUAUGAACAUCGUAAAUCUCGACUUGCUUCCACUGUACAACCCAGUCCGAAUAUUACUCCAGACUCGCGUUUGGUCUGAUAACUGAAUUAAGCGUCUUUUGUGACUGAGUGGAACAGAGCAGUGCGUCAGAAAGAGAUCAAAGCCUUCUUGGCGGAUUUUCGUUUCUUUCUAACAUGAACUCUUGCUACUUUUUCUUGUUCCGCUCAUACAACAUCAAACGUUGAUUCAUCACUCCAGUAUGCAAUUGAAAACAAUCUUUGACGCAUAUCCAUAAACGAAAACGCAUUUUUCUUCACUCAGCCCGAAAUGUAUCCAGCUAAAUCGAGCAGUUUUGAGUUAUUUUCAUGUAAAUCAUACAAAGCGCUCAUUAGGCUUGAUUGAAAUUUUGUGUAAAUUAAAAAAUGUAAAUUUGCUUUUCAUAUCGGAGAUUAUACAGGGUGUUAAGCUAAGAGCUGAGAAACUGAUGUGUAAAAUACAUAGAAAUUAUUUUGUAGAUUGGACUAAAUAGUUUUAAAAAAAACCUAAUCAAUCUGUUGGAGUUUGGGUUAGUUCUCAAAGACUGGCGGUUUCACCAUUUUAAACCACAUUCGCACAAAACAAACUAUAAAGGGUAGAAAUUCAAACAGUAAAAUUUUGCUACCGAACCUGAAUCCAACUUUAUUAAGUCAGGACCGGGUUUGUGGUAGAAACAUCAGGAAAUCAAAUGGAGCUGUUUCAUAAUGUACAGGGUGCUGCAGUGUAGAAAACGAUUUACUUAUACGAUGCGACACCCUGUAACAAUCCAUAUUAGUGAAUAUUUAAAAUUGUAUUUGUUUGUUUAGUUUUGAAUAUUUGUACAGUAAUUAUGGUGAUUUUAUAAUCAACUUCGCAGGUCGAAGUAAACUGUUUAGACGAAUUUUCAGUCAGAAUUUAUAUUUGGACCAUGUUUUAUUAGUGACUGUAUAAUAGACAAUCCCCCGUAUUUAUAGAGAUAGUAUUUUAGUCAAUAUACAGGGUGUCCCGUAAGCACAUGAUCAAAAGGGUACUGCUAUAUUGUUUGGAUCAAAAUAAGACGAUCUGACAUAACUUUUAUUAACACAAAACGUCGGACUCCUCUGCAAUUGAUGGUCAAAAUUCUCCAAAAAAAUUAUCUUUUUUGAAAAAUCCGGAGAAU